AUGAGAUUCAUGAUCACUAUCUUUGCUCUUUUGGCAUCUAUUGCUAUCCUCACUCAAGCAUCUCCUGUUCCAGAAAAAGAAGUUCAUCUUUCUAUUCCUCAUCUCAUUGCUGAAAAGGUUAUACCAGAUUAUCAAGAUCCACAUAAGAUAUUCAAAAAAGAAUAUGCUGAGGCUAUGUUCGAUUUAAGAACUUGCAUAAAGGCAUGUGAGAAAGCAUUAGGUAAAGGAGUUUCGGAUAAGGUUCAAAAUCGCAUUAAUGACAUUAUUAAAGGUGCUGAUAAUAUGGAAGGCGUUGCAAUUGAUUUUAUAAUAUCCAGAUUGUGA